AACACCCCACCGUUUGAUUCUUUGUUCUGAUGUUUAUUUGCUGGGUGCUUUAUUUUGUUCUAAGACACUGGGUCUUAGUGUCUUAGAGGCUGGAAAACUGGAGGUGACCUGUGCCCUGCCUCCGGCUGGGGCUGAGAGGGUGAGAGGGUGAGACUUGCUGGGGGCCACACAAAGACCUGAGUCUGAUGCCUGGUUGGGGGGGUCCAGCAAGCCCACCUCAGGUCCCUGAUUGAGGGACAGGCAGCUUCUGAGCCUUGUCUGUUAUUGGGGGUGGUUUUCCUGCCUUGCUGGAGAGUAGCUGUGGGUGCGAAAGAGGUGCAGGGAUAUGGGAGGCACCCAGCACUGGUGCGGCACGUGAUAGGGUGGGGGUACUACCAUUUUUCAACCCGGUCUUCUAUCGAACCUCAUUGAACUUGGUUUUCUCAUCUGUAGAAUGGGUGUAAAUAGGACCCAUCUUGCAGCGCGGCUGUGAUCACAGGAGCCCCCUCAGGGCCAGCUUCUGGAAGCCUUUACCUCACUGUGGUUUACACUGUCGUCUCCUCCACAUAGAUUUUGUGCUGACUGAAGGUGAGGACGGCCACUCAACUCACAUCAGCGUCUCCACUGCCCGGCACACAGUAGGUGCUCAAGGGCUGGUCUGAGGUGUAGCUGGGGGGAGGCCGGAGGUUGGGGGCCAUCAAUGAUCGUGGGCAGACCUAGGGGGGUGAGGGGAGAGCAGGGAGGGGCAAGGCCCAGACUGUUGCCACAGAGCCCGGCCAACUCUCCUGGCCAUCCCUCCUCUGGCUCUGCUGGGUCCUGGGGUCACCCCCUCCCCUUGUUUUCAGUGCUGGCAGGUUAGAGGGAGUUUGUCUGGGAAGGUGGGUGGGAAGGCUUGCUGGGCAGAGGGAUUGUCUGGGCAAAAGUUCAAUGGCGGCCUGGACUCCAGAACUCAGGAGCCCUACCCAGGCUUGAGUAGACCCUUCCCUCUUCUGGCAAGGCUGACCCAGACCCCAGUUUACCCCCUGCCCCCAGGAAUCUUUGGGUACAGUCUCUGUCGAGGCCUGAAUGCCUUGUCCUGGGCCUAUAGCUCCUCCAGGACUGUCUGUAAGGCUCCCUCUGGCCUGGUCGUCUGGGGUGUGCCACAUCCACUUAGGCCAGACGGGCUGGCGGAGCUGGAAGGCCUUAGGACCAUUUGCCCUAACGCAUUUUACAGAUGAGGAAGCUGAGGCCGGGAGAGGGCAGUGACUUGAGCCUUUUUAAUGACACAGUCGGGUGGUUAGGGAGUACUGAACCUGGGCUCUCAGAUUCCUCCUCCAGUGUCCACCUGCUGCGCCAGGUUGACGGGGAGGCCUCCCCAGGCCCUGGGCUGGGGUCUGGCUGCCCUCUGAGAUCUGGAAGCUGGGCAGGACCCGUGGCUGAGGCUGGUGUCUCCCUGCAGCCCUCCUACAGAGGCCGGGCUCCAGGACAAGAUGGCAGCCAAGCAGCCCCCACCUCUCAUGAAGAAGCACAGCCAGACGGACCUUGUGAGUCGCCUGAAGACCCGCAAGAUCCUCGGCGUGGGCGGGGAGGAUGACGAUGGGGAGGUCCACCGCUCCAAGAUCAGCCAGGUCUUGGGCAAUGAGAUGAAGUUUGCUGUUCGGGAGCCUUUGGGGCUCAGGGUCUGGCAGUUCGUUUCUGCUGUGCUCUUCUCCGGCAUUGCCAUCAUGGCCCUCACCUUUCCUGACCAGCUCUAUGAUGCAGUCUUUGAUGGAGCUCAGGUGACCAGCAAGACCCCCAUCCGCCUCUAUGGCGGCGCCCUCCUCAGUCAUCAUCCGAUGGACACUGCUCACCGAAGCCUGCUACUUCUCCGUCCAGUUCUUGGUGGUCACUGCCACGCUAGCCGAGACGGGCCUCGUGUCCCUAGGGAUCCUGUUGUUCCUGGCCAGCCGCCUCCUUUUUGUCGCCAUCAGCGUUUACUACUAUUACCAAGUCGGCCGAAAACCCAAGAAAGUGUAGCCGCCCGCCGGGCCAGGGGCCCCCCUGGGGCAGGGAGGCCUGGGAACCUCGGUUUCCCUUUGGUUCCGGAAGGCAGGAAGGACCCUGCCCCAGGCAGGCAGGAGUGGCCACCUUCCUCUCCUCCCGGGCACUCCCCGAAUGCUGUGAUCUGCUGGGCCCUCAGGUUUGGGGAGGGAUGGAGCCUCUGCACCCCAUCCUUCCCCCCACACGGUGACGCCUCCUGUUCAUGGGUCUCUCGGCCUCUGGAUCCCCUGGACAGAUGCUCAAGGAAGAGCCUGAGUCACAGGCAUCCGGCCAAGGCCAGGCUCCUGCCCCUCUGUCACAAGACCCUUCUUUCUUGAGAGGCUGUGGACUGCCUCCUUGUCCUCCCCCUGGGCCCCCAGCCAGUCUAAUGCCCAAGCAGCUGAACUUGGCUUCUGCCCAUUCCCGGAAAACCUUAGAAUUUGACCCCGGGCCCCUCCCCUUCCAUGCAGGCGCUCUCCACAUGUAGGGGACCCUCUGCCCCCUAAACACACAGUGCCGCUGCGGGCUGGCAGGCAGGGGUCCGCCUUGACCCCUGGCACCUCCCUUUCCGCCUUCUGUGAGGUGAGCUGCGGGUUAGCAGGGUCCUGUCCUCAGCCCUGUCCGCCAUGGCCUCUCCUCGGGCCUCGCUCUUGGCUGCUCUGCCUCCACCCAGCUCCUGAAGGCCCCUAGCUGCCCCCUCUCCCAACUGGCCUGGGUCCAGAGGCUGCCAAGGGCCUCAGCCACAGGCCGGCCCUGACAGAUGGACACCUGGGUAACCCCAGAUGGAGGCCACCUAUAAGUGACGGGGUUUGUGGAUGAGGAAGAGAGAGAAGCAUGUCUUCAUCACUUGGCAUGUCCUCCAGGGUCCGAUGUGCAGCUGGCUCAGCCCCCUUAUCCCCCCUCCCCCCCUCCCCAGGGUGCUGCCCUCUGGCCCUCUGGCCUGGGGUGCCUCUGAGGCCCGGCUGGGUAGGACUGGGUGCCCUUCAAGCUCAGCAGGGGCAAAAAAUAGAAAUAUUUCAGCAAGCCGCCUCCUCUCAUGCCCAGCCCCCAUCAAAUGCCCUGGAGGAGGCCAACAGCUGGCUCCCUCAGAGAUGAAGACCCCUGCAGGCCCAGCAGCCUGUGUGCCCCCCGUGAGUCCUUUACCCGACGCCCCCCUUCCCUCCGGCACCCCAGGAAUGGCAGCCCCCGUGUCCUGGGGACAGAUGUGGAAAGAAGCAGCCCCGGCCCCAGACCUGCUUCCCAUCUUGGAAGAGAGUGUUUAGGGGGCGAGAUGGUUGGUCCUUAGGUGCAGCCCAGCUCUGGCUGCUGUACCCUGGGCCCGGGCCCUACCCGCGCUGGGCCUCGCUGCCCUCCCCCGUGCCCAGCUGUCCCUGCAGCCGCACGUCCAGGGACACGGCCUGUGCCCAGCGGAGCAUGGCACCGCCACUGUUAACACAGCCGAGGAGAGAGGCGCAGGGGUUUGGGCGCCCAAGGCUGUGCUGCUGGUAACUGUGGCCGAGCGGAAGGGAGGCUAGACGCUCAGGAGGGGCCGUGCUCUCCUGGCCUCCAUCUCUCGAGGCUGAAGCUCGUGCCUCUCCACAGAAUCCUGCCCCCAACCGCCGAGCCCCAGGCAGGCCCGGAGCCACGGCAGCCUUUGGGAAGUGGUGCUGGCUGGUGGGCAGUGCCCCGAGCCAAGGCCAUGUCCUCUGAGCCGACCCAUGCUUUUUGAGGCCUGGCUGGCACGCCGCCAAGCGGCAGAUGGUCCGUCCUAAUGACCGCUGGGCUUGGCGGAUGGAUUUCCCCCGGGAGGCUAGCAGGGCCGGGGGAAGUCUGGGCGCUGGAGCCGGGCUCUGUGCUGGGUGUCCGCGGGGGCUGAGCCAGCCAAACCGAGGGAGGGUGGCAGGACCUUGUCCCCGGGGGUGGUGAUGCGGGCCUGCCGGGACGAUGCUGUCCUGGCUCUGUCCCUCCUAAAGGUUUGGGAGAACCCAGAAUUGCCCCUUCCCCGGUUCACUUGCCGGCCUUCUGCCUCAGCCCAGCUUCCCCACCCCGCCCCCAAACCAAGACCACCUUUCCUCACGGUCACUAUUUAUUCUUCGUUCCUUUCUCUUUUUGUAAGAAACAGCCACAAAAACCAGUGCAAAACCAUCAGUGUGGGCGUCCUGCUUUAUAUUACAAAAACUCUUGAUAUAGAAUAUAAAAAAGGGGAGGCUCACGGGAAAUAAACUUGAUAAAUUAGCUCUGCUACCUACCGCGAGGAACACUUAGAGUUUUCAAAAUAGACUUUCGACAUAGGACCCACCGGGGAGGGGAAGAGGAGGCUUCUAGGGAGAUGGGGGUGCUGGGCCUCGGCCGGUUUGGGGGAUCCUGUCUGGGCCCCUUAGGCAUAGAGAGGAGAGAGGGGAAAAGGGAGGCUGGGGAGGGGCCCCAGUGCCCAGCCACUAAGCAGGGAAGGUGGCCUUUGGUGCUGGGCGGGGUAUGUGACCAAGUGCAAGGUCUCCCCUGGCACCUGGCCUGUUAGCGGAGUCAGGAAGUCUCAGCAAAGAGACUUCCUACCCUCCCGCCUCCCCCAGCAGCCUCAAAUUGCCAUCUGCACCUAUUAUGGGCUGUUGCCGCUGGCCUUUGCCUUCUCAUGCCCCCUCAGAAUGGCCUCUGGGAACCUUGCAAAUAGCUACCAGCCUGCGUUAAUACUACAGAAAAGAGACGCCUGCUUCCCCUUUCCAGCCCCAGAAUGUGGUCAGCGGGGGCAGAUCAGGGCUCCUUGGCCCCUUUCUGGAGAGCCCUUGAGGAUGAGAGUCUUACAUCUGCCCUCAAACCCGCCUCACCCAGGUGUUCCUCCACGACCAGCCUUUCUUCUCGGGGGCCCGGAGGGGGUAGUACCCGAUGCCCGGCUCUUCUUACCUUGAAGGCCCCAGAUUCUCCUGGGCAGGGGGGACCAGAUGGGGCCCUGACGCCUGGGGCAUCCCUGGACCGAAGUCACACAGCUGCCAAAUUUGACCCUAAGCCCUGCCUAGCCAGCCUGAUUUUUUUUUUUUUUUGUCAACCACACGCCAGUCCUUUGCCUCUGCCAGGAAGUUGGAGCCAAUUUGUGGGUGGUCUAGAGGCCUGCGCUGGGGUACAAGCUGCACGGCCCCCUGGGUCCUGGGGUUGCCCAGUCGCUAGGGAGUUCAUAACAUCAUUUAUGGGGUGGGGUUGCCAGGGCAGACUGAUACAGGGACAAUAUGGAAAGACCCAGCCCACAAUGGGCCAGGACGGGUGAGGACAGCAGGGUGAGUGCAAGGCGGAAGGGGAGAAAUGGGGGAAGGGUGAAACCAAAUCUUUACAGCGGGCACGGAGCUCUGGCUGCAUCUCAGAAGGGGGUAGGUGGCAGAGCAGGGGAUCACGGGGCUCUAGGCCACUGCUCUGUCUCCCAGUGGCUGGAAAGCUGGAGGGGAGGCUGGAAGCUGGCACAGGGCCUUUGACAUAGAAUGGGCUCUUCCCAGACCCUAAAGAGGGAUAAUGAAAAGAGGAGAGCAGGCACCAUACUGUCCCUUCCUCACCCAUCCCUCAACAAGCUUGAGUUUGGCAGACGUCACUAAUCAAGAUUACACCGCCCUCCCCCACUGAGCCCAGACCAAGCCUCAGAUUCUCCGCACAGCCUCUGGCAGCCACUCCUGAUUGAUCAGGGUCGAGGCAUCUUGCAAUACAGUUGCUAACACUGGUCUAGAAUUUGAGACCUGCAUAUGAGAGGCUGAUUUGUGGGUGCUGUGUGGGUGUGAGUGAGACUGUGGGGAAACCUCUCCCUGCCAGAUCCUGGAGGAAACACUCAGAAAUAUGCUAUGGGCAGCUAAGGGACAGGAAAACCGUGUCAAAGCAGAAAUGAUGAGGUGCCCUGGGGUUCUUUAGCCUGGAAAUAACGGGGCUCAGAGGGACAACGUGUGGCCUUAACGGUUCGGGAAGGAGAGAGAGCAAGUGGGAUGCCAUGGACAGAACCACAGAAAAACAGAAACCUCUUCCGUGUAUUGAGCUGAUGCUAAAGUCAGAGCAGUCCAAAGAGAAGCCUGUCUUGGGAGCUAGUAAGCUCCCCGUCCUUGGAGGUGUGCAAGAAGAAGGUGGCGAAGUCUUGGCAGGGGUCUUGUGGCAGACAUCUGAGUGGCAGUUCUGAGUGAGGAGAGGAGAACCAGAUGAUCUUGGGGGUUCCUUCCAGCCCUGGGGGCCAGGGAGUUGGUGGAGGAAAGGUGGGCAGUGUAGAAAACGGGCUGUGGCGUGUGUGCAUGUGUGUGUUCCUGGGACUUAGAGAAAAGUGUGGGGAGGUGGCAGGGAGAGCAGGGAGGGCAGAGUCCAGAAUUUUCUUAGCUGUGGAGCCGGGAAGAGGCAAUUCCUGACCAGCUUGCCCGCUCUCUUCUGGGGAAACCAGGAUGCAGAGGCCAGGGAGGGGUGUAAGCAGUAGGUCUGCUGGGACCAACAGAGCCUUGGAAGGAGUGACAGGCAGCCUGGGGACGGCGGGGUUCUUGUUCAGAACUGUCACGCAUGUGCUGUGUGACUGUGGAUGAGAAACUGCUCCUCUCUGGGCUUUCCAGAUUAUUUGCUCCAACAGAUGGGGAAGCACGGACCCUACCGGCUGGGCCAUCCUUGGAUCCAGCAUCUGCAGCCCACUCUUGGCCCCAGCCUGAGGCAGGGACAACUCCAUCCUCGGAAGACCAGGGACUCCAAGUAGGUUCCAAGUCCUCAAGGACAUGGUGACCAGGUCUCCUCGGGGCCCCUGGGCUUUGCCAACCUUUCUCCACAAUUUUCUUUUGCCUCCUUCUUGCCUAAAUCCUUAUUACUUCCUUGGCACCAGAUCCUGAAGCUAUGAGUUGAGGGCCCAGGUCCCGGGCUGCCAGAUCUGGCUGCACCAAGGAGGGGGCCUGGCCCUGGUGUCGCUUUGGUCUCUAGUGCAGACUGCAUCCUGGGUUCAGGUGCCCGGGCCCCUGCGGAGAAGCCCAUGGCGCCCAUUCCGGAGUCCAGACGGGCUACAUCAGUCCAUAUUUUUGCCUUCAUUUUUUUUUGUUAAAAAAAUAGCUAUUUUCCUCUGCCCCACUUCCUGGCCACUCAUCAUGGCCUCACCUCCUCCCCCGGGGCCAAGAGGGCAGGGGGGAGGGGGAGGGGAGGGCAUUGGGUGCUGGGCAGUGGUGGGUGGGGUGAGUCUUCAAUCUUCAGGCCACACCCUCUACUGGAUGCCCCGGAAGAG